AUGGCAUCCCCCACCCUCCUAACCCGCCAACCCUUCAAAACCCUCUACGCCCUCUGGGCCCUCUGGUUCGAAGCCACCAUCCGCCUCCCGCUCAGCGCCCUGCUCUACCUGCUCUUCCCGUCCCUGACCCGGCCGGAGCCGCGCUGGACGUGGCGGCAGGCCAUCGGCGUGCGGCUGCUGCGGGCCAUCGUGCACCACAGCGCCGAGAUCGAGGUGCACGUGCCGCUGUCGCUCGCGCCCGGCGCCGAGGGGAGCCGGUUCGUCGUCAUGGAGCCGGCGGAGGACUCUAUCUACCGGGGCCCGCUUGUGGACGACGACGGGAUUACGAGGCCGGAGAAGAUUGGGGGAACGUGGUAUUCAGAGCCGUAUACGAAGGGCAGCAGCAACAACGACGACGACGAUGACGACAAGGCAAUCGUCCUCCACUUCCACGGCGGCGCCUUCGUCCUGGGCGACGGCCGCGACAAGGACUGCGGCCACCUCGCCCGCACCAUGCUGCAGACCUGCGGCGCCUCUUCCGUCUCGCACGUCUUCUGCCCGCAAUACCGGCUCGCCGGCGCGCCGACCCACGCGCGGUACCCGGCGGCCCUACAAGACGCGCUGACGUCCUACCUCUACCUCCUCCGCUCCUGCCGCAUCCCUGCAUCACGCAUCAUCGUCUCGGGCGACAGCGCGGGCGGCAACAUCGUCAACGGGCUGCUACGCUACCUGGCCACGUACGGCGCCGAAAUCGGUGUGGAACCACCGGCCUGCGCCUGGCUCUGGUCCCCCUGGACGAACCCGAGCCUGGCCCUCGACGCCGCCUAUAUCGUGCGCUCGCCCAACUACCCGUCCGACUACAUCUCGACGGGCUUCGGCGCCUGGGGCGCACGGGUCUACGCGGGCCACCGUGAAGGGCUGGUCAAGGACGUUUGGAUAUCGGCUGUGAAUGCGGAACCGUACCAUUCGCCCUCGCCCGUCUGGAUGCAGACCGGUGGGCGGGAGCUGCUGUUCCACGACAACGUCGAGUUCUUCGAGGGGAUGAAGAAGGUGAAUGAGAAGAGGGGAGGAGGAGGUCAGCCGUGUGAGCUUGAGAUCGUGCCGUAUGCUCCGCAUGACAUUGCGUUGACAGGCCACGUCGUCGGGUUUACCAAGGAAUAUGCGGAGGCGUUGAAGAAGGCCGAGGCGUUUUUCCAGAGGGUCAGGAAGUGA